AUGGAAAAUUAUUUUCUGGUGUAUAUUCUUUUAGAGGGGAUCGUGAAAUAUUUAUCAAUUUGUAGAAUUAGAUUUGUAAAUUUAAUUUCUAUUAGAUUAAGUUGUUUUUUAUUAAGUUUAUAUUUUUUAUUAAAUAAUAUAGUUUAUUUUAUUGAAUUUGAAUUAGUUUCGUUAAAUUCUUUAAGAAUUGUUAUAACUUUAUUAUUUGAUUGAAUAAGGUUAUUAUUUAUAUCUUUUGUUUUAAUAAUUGCUUCUUUAGUUAUUUUUUAUAGAAAAGAAUAUAUAAGUAGAGAUGAAAAUAUUAAUCGAUUUAUUAUAUUAGUUUUGAUAUUUGUUUUAUCAAUAAUGAUAUUAAUUAUUAGUCCUAAUUUAAUUAGAAUUGUAUUAGGUUGGGAUGGUUUAUGAUUAGUUUCUUAUUGUUUAGUUAUUUAUUUUCAAAAUGUAAAAUCUUAUAAUGCCGGUAUAUUGACAGCAUUAUCAAAUCGUGUGGGAGAUGUAGCUUUAUUAUUAGCUAUUGCUUGAAUAUUAAAUUAUUGAGGUUGAAAUUAUAUUUUUUAUUUAGAAGUUAUAAAAAAUGUUUAUGAAAUAUUAAUAAUUGGAUUUUUAGUUAUGUUAGCUGCUAUAACUAAAAGAGCUCAAAUUUCUUUUUCAUCUUGGUUACCAGCCGCUAUAGCUGCUCCUACUCCUGUUUCUGCAUUGGUUCAUUCUUCUACUUUGGUUACAGCUGGGGUAUAUCUUUUAAUUCGAUUUAAUAUUUUAUUAAGAACUUCUUGAUUAGGUCAAUUAUUAUUAUUAUUAUCUGGUUUAACUAUAUUUAUAGCUGGUUUAGGGGCUAAUUAUACCCGAUACUCAAAAUGAGUAUUGGGGUAUAUUAGA